CACAGGUCAAUUUUUGUUAUUAUUAUAAUAUAAUGAUGAAAGUUUAGAUUUACUUUACAUUAUUAACUUAUUAUGGGCCAAGAAGAUGACGUUAAUGCUGCUAUUGCCCACGUCGUUCUGUCCUGCGUCGCUGCAAGGGGAACCACACAUCGAUAUAACACUUACUCUCAUCCAGGAAUGCAUGUCAAUCUCUUUGUGCACGGUGUGGUAGGAUUCUUACAUUAUCAAAGUGGCAAAUUCAACAAUGAUUUCGGCCCUGCAUAUAUCAUCAGCUACAAAGCGUCGAGAUAUCUUCCAUUGCCGUGUCUAAUGGCGGAUUUAUACCGAGGGAAUAGUGCGAUGUGCGCUUUACAUUUGGCUUCGGGAAUUUUGCCCUUUGCGUUGGCAAUCACGCAACAGGACAACCCUGAAAUGGGGAAUUUAAUGAUUGCUUGCAACAUUGUCUCUUUAUGUUUCUAUUCUUUUGAUCACGGUUAUAUGUGGGGCUGGUAUACAGCGGGAGCUGCGCUUUUUGCUUAUUUUUUGGCGCCACAAAUGGGACAUCCGCAUAAGGUCAUAUAUCCACUGGGCUUGGCGUUAAUGGAGUAUUGUGCAUACAGGGUGUUCACAGUUCGUAUUGACACUCCUCCCUCCGCCCCGGGGCCGAGACGAUAGAUUUGUACGUAAAUGUUGAAAUAAAUUAUUGUACAUGA